AUGCCCCCCCCAAAGCAAAGCCUAAAGCCCACGGCGACCGAGGCGAUGGUGCCCAUCGAGUACGUAGCCGGCGUAUUCGAGAGUAAUCUCAAGGCCGGCGGCAAGAUCAAGCUUUACCAUUUCGCGGAGCUGGCUCCGGCAUCUCUCGUCCUUCCACACGGCAAUGCGAUCCCCGAUAAAGAGAAGAUCAAAUCCUUCAUGGAGACCAUCGUCCGAAGAAACAACUUCGAGAUCCUCUAUCGGCGCCCAUGGCUCUGCACCAUCUGCAGUAAGAAAGCAAAGGUUCUCAUCCAUAACGCUAGUACGGGUCAGGGGGUCCCGAAGUCACCAACGGACACCGGAUUCAUGUCCAAGAUUUUUGAUACGAUCGCUCCCCUCUGCGGUUCGGGUGGUACUUGCCAGCGAGAGGCAACCCAGCUGGUCCAGGACUAUAGCAGAUCUGGUGCUGUCCACUGUUCGGGCGGACUGUCUAGCUGCCACCUUUGCGGCAAGAUGGAGGGGGUCAAGCUCUGCUCCGGCUGUAUGAUUUUUGGGUUUUGCUCCAAAGAGUGCCAAGUGAAGGCCUGGCCAACUCACAAGCAUGCUUGCAAGCAGUCUCAGAAGAUUGCCGAGGGCUUCAAGAAGGCUGCAGCGGCGAAGGAGUGA